UAGAACAAGUUUUCGUUCUUCGUUGGCUUACCUCGGCUGUGCAGAUUUCGGAAUUUUUCUCGAAGAGGGAAGCAAACCCUAGGAAGAGCCAAUCGGCCCCAUCGACCCGCCUAGGCUUCUCUACCCAUGGCGUCCCGUAGACGUAUGCUUCUUAAAGUCAUCAUACUCGGCGACAGCGGGGUGGGCAAAACGUCUUUGAUGAACCAAUAUGUGAGUAAAAAGUUUAGUAAUCAGUAUAAAGCAACAAUUGGGGCUGAUUUUUUGACAAAGGAGAUCCAGUUUGAGGACAGGCUUUUUACAUUACAGAUAUGGGACACAGCUGGUCAGGAAAGAUUUCAGAGCCUCGGAGUGGCUUUCUAUCGCGGCGCAGAUUGUUGUGUUCUUGUUUAUGAUGUUAAUGUUGCAAAAUCAUUUGAAAACCUGAACAAUUGGCGUGAGGAAUUUUUGAUCCAGGCUAGCCCGUCAGACCCAGAAAACUUUCCAUUUGUCGUUCUGGGAAACAAGAUAGACAUCGAUGGCGGCAAUAGUCGUGCGGUUUCGGAGAAAAAGGCGAAAGCUUGGUGUGCUUCGAAGGGCAACAUUCCCUACUUCGAGACAUCUGCCAAAGAAGGAUUCAAUGUGGAGGCCGCCUUUCAAUGCAUAGCGAAGAAUGCUCUCAAGAAUGAACCCGAAGAAGAAAUAUAUAUUCCGGAUACCAUUGAUGUGGCAGGCAGCAACAGGCAGCAGCGCUCGUCAUCAGGUUGUGAGUGCUAAGAUGAAACUGAGAAGGCUGCAGCUUAGUCACCAAAUUUG